AUGGAACCAAAUGUUGUCACUGUCUCUACUUCUACACUGCCUGCUGCUCCAUACGCCAAAUCUUUUCCUGACAUCUCGAAGAUUGAAGAUACAAAUAGGAGGGAACUUAAAGCUGCAAAAGGAAAAGAGCUGACUACAAGAGCAAAUCUUGUACAAGGAAAAGUGCACAAAUCAAAUAGGAAAAAAGUGAUAAAUGACAAUCCUCCUAAACCAAAAGUGAACUUAGUUGAAGGAGAUGACAUUAUUGCUGCAUGGGAAAAGGAGAAGAACAUGUGUAUUUGGGUGAUUCUAGGACUGCAAGUGACCUUGUUUUUAAAUGGAGACUUGGAAGAAGAAAUUUAUAUGGUCCAACCUAAUGAUUGUAUUGUUUCUGGUCAAGAAAAUAAAGUCUGCAAACUUCUUAGAUCAUUAUAUGGUUUAAAACAAGCUCCCAAACAGUGGCAUGAGAAAUUUGAUCAAGUUUUGUUGAAUGAUGGUUUUAUCUUUGUUGAAGUUGAUAAGUGUUUACGAUAUAGUUGUAAAUCAAAAACUUUUCUUGCCUCUAAAUUUGAUAUGAAAGAUGUGGGAGAGGCAAACAUAAUUUUGGGAGUUAGAAUCAUAAGGAAAAAUGAUAGUCCAAUGCUAUCACAAGAGCAUUAUGUUGAGAAGCUUCUAAGGAAUUUUGGACAUUUCAAUGUCAAACCAGUGUGUACCCUUUAUGAUCCUAACUGUCAAUUAAAGAAAAUUAGAGGUGACUUUGUUGCUCAAUCUGAAUAUGCACAUAUCAUUGGGAGUCUGUUGCAUUUAGUGAAUUUUUCAUCAACACCAUCUGUAUCAGUGUGUUGUGAUUGCCAAGCAGCAAUAGCCAUUGCAAAGAAUAAAACUUUCAAUGGUAAGAAUAGACAUAUUCGUCUGAGACAUAAUGUUGUUAAGCAGCUGCUGAAAGAUGAAACUAUUUCCAUUGAUUAUGUGAAAUCAGAAGUGAAUUUGGCCAAUUCUCUGACUAAACCUUUUAGAGAGAAGACUAAUAGAUGA